UGUCGAGCCCGCUAAAGAGUUAUAACUCUCCAACUUUAUCGGAGACAAAAGUGUUCAGGUUUGGAUCAGCCGCAUAAUGGACGGCUGAUUUUCACAAAUAAAACAAACGGAUCUAUCGGAAGUGCUGUGAAACAUCGUUGCUGUGCAUGUUGUAAUGCAAAUUGCGAGAAAUAAUACCAUUAAGCAUUUCAUUUAUUACCAUUAUCUUUCUCUAGAAAAAAAUUUGAAAUAGAGCGUAGCUCAUAAACAUUUCCAACGUGUUUAACAUAAUGCAAGCGCAGUUGUCAAAAUAAUUAUGAUAUCUUGGAAAAUAAACAUCCGUCACGAAACAUGCGUCGUGAUUUUCUUUAUCACCAUGCUGGGCAUUUUCGCUCUCGAAUGUCCAACAAACGAGUGUCACUGUCAUUUAACAAACGACAAAUUGACUGCUACGAUACGUUGUAUAACAAAUAGUAAUUCUGAAUUCUAUAUCCACAUUGAACAAAACAUAUUUAUAAUGAUCCACUGCUUUGAUUCACCAGAAUGGUCAGAUUUUGAUUUAAACAUGACAUCGUUGGGAAGUUACGAAUUGAUAACAUUCGACAACUGCAGUUUACCGAGUAACAACAGCUUGAGUGACAUUGCACACAUGCUAGGAGCUACAAGCGUUGAAAAAUUAAAUGUUUUUUCUUACAAUAAGUAUAAACUCACCUUAAAAAAGCAUCAUCUGAACGGUUUUAAUAAUUUAACACAUCUUUAUCUAUUCAACAACAACUUACAUCACUUGACCGUCGAAUUUUUUGAUUAUACCACUCAGUUAAUGUAUCUUUAUUUAAGAGGCAACAAAUUAAAAUUGAUAGCAUCAGGCACUUUUGAUACGCUGAAUAAUUUACUACAUCUGGAUCUAUCAAAUAAUCACUUAACCAAGCUUGAAUUGGGAAUUUUUGACAAACUCAUCGCUUUGCUGUUGCUCAAACUUAGUUAUAAUUACUUAGUCACCUUACCAAAAGAUAUAUUUGCAAAACUGAAGAACCUUAGCUAUCUCUAUUUAAAUGCGAACGAUUUUACAUAUUUUCCAAGAAAUCUCUUACAAAAUAAUAAAAAUCUGACGGUCGUUGAUAUGUCAAGCAAUAGAAAUUUGUUUUUGUGGAAUGGAUUUUUUAGCAAUAUGGUGAAAUUAAGAUAUUUGAAACUGCAAGAUAAUGGAUUGAUCGCAUUGCCGGAAGAUCUUAUUUGGAGAUCCUUUCAGCUGCACUUCAUUAAUUUGAGUGAAAAUUAUCUUCAAUCUUUGCCUAAGCAUGUAUUUCGGGAUGCAAUAAAUUUAAAAAUAUUGAUAUUGAAGUCUAACAAUAUGAAAGUAUUGUCUGAUUAUAUUUUCGAGAAUACCAGUCUUUUAAUGUUGGAUUUAUCAAAUAAUCGCUUUACUUCCAUUUCUCGAAAGCUGUUUAAUGGAUUGCACGCGUUGGAGGAAUUAAAUAUGGAACAAAAUUACCUAAAAACCAUUUCCUUCGAAAGUUUUAGUUCUUUAAAAUCUUUAAAGGUUGCUAAAUUCUCCAACAACUAUCUUACAUUACAAUCUACAUUGUUUUAUCCAAAUAUUGUACCCAAAUCACCUUUCCACAAUUGCCCUUCAUUGAAAGAAUUAUAUUUAUCUCACAACAACAUAUCUCAGAUUAUCUUAAAUGGAUUGUCCAGAUCAAUAGAGAUUUUGGAACUACAUAGUAACAAAAUAUCAAAAAUACGACCUGAUGUAUUGGAGUUUUUCCAAAAUUCCACCACUUUAACUUAUUUGACGUUACACGAUAAUCCGUGGGAAUGUAACUGUGAUGCUGUGGAUUUCUUAUAUUUUAUUCAUACAGAAUAUCGAAAGAUUCACAACAUACCUGAAGUGUCGCAAGUAAUGUGUCACGGAACAAAUAAAUCUGUAUCAGAUAUGACUUUCUACGAUUUUUGUCCGUUCACAACAGUAAUUAUCAGAAUUGGCGUUCUGAUCACUCUAAUAGGAUUUAACAUCUGCAUUCUUGGAUUAUGCUAUAAAUACAAUAAAAAAUACAAUAAAAAAUGGCUAAUUGCUCAUGAAUGGUAUAUACGGUUCGUAACAGAAAAACAAUUGAACGAAGAAGAAUUGUAUGACGCGUUCGUGAGCUACUCGCAUAAGGAUCACAAUUUUAUAAUAAACGAGCUGGUACCGAAGCUAGAGAACGGUCCCACACCUUACAAACUGUGCCUGCAUUAUCGAGAUUGCUCAAUAAACGAAAGUAUAUCGGACAUUAUCGCUAGAUCCGUGCAAAAAUCAAGGCGGACGAUAGUGAUCUUGUCGCCAAAUUUCUUGGAUAGCGUCUGGGGAAAGAUGGAAUUUCGAGUCGCGUAUUGUCAAGCGUUGAGUGAAGGUCGUGCGAAAAUGAUACUUAUCUUGUACGAUGACAUCGGACUCCUCGAUGACUUGGAUGCAGAAUUGAAAGCGAUUAUAACUAUGAGUACGUGUAUUCAAUGGAGUGAUCCUUUGUUUUGGGAUAAAUUGAGAUACGAGUUGCCACAUCAGUCCACACGACCAGAAAGCUGCAUUGUAGAAAAAGAAGUUGUCGAAGAUAAUGAAUUGUAAUAAAGAGAUAAGAAAAAGCUCAUCUGUCCAGUUGUAGUUUCUAAGACACUUGCGAUCAUUGUAUGCCAGUUUUUGUUUACAACAAAUACAAUUUCGUUUCAUAAUUUUACCUUGAAAACGUGUGACAAAUGAAAGAAAAAUUGCAGUUAAUUAUAACAAUACAAUGACAUAAAUAUAUAUGGUUACAAG